GUGUGCUUGAGCAGCACGUGCUGUUGGCUCACGCGCGAUGUUGCGACGACGAGUGUGUCUUCCCAACAGGCCUUUGAGCACUACACAAAGUAAGAGCGACUGUGGAGCACAUGAUGAGCUAAGAUUUUCUUCUAAAAUGUCAGAGGAGAUGAGAUUUGAGUGUCGGCUUGCGGGCCUCACGGCAAUAUUGUCAGAUGAUGAUCUAGUUCAUGCUCGAGACUUGUUGUGUCUGCUCGAAAGUGAUUAUAGGCGCCAUGGUAGAAGACCGAAAAACGUUUCCAUUUUCACCCCCUGCCAGACGUCGCUCUGCGGAGUUGAUCUGACCCUGUUGAACAAGCAGGGCGCGGCGCGUCGGUGUAGGUCGCCGACCUGGCCCGGCCCGUGAGAUCCAAGCCACGACAGCUAGGUGGACCGGAUCCCGUCUGCCGUUCUUAC